CGGUGAAUCUGGGAAACAUUUCUGGAGUCAACAACAGAAAAAUCCAUAACAAAUAACAAGUAUCUAAUUACUCAUAGUCAUAUCAAGUAAAACUGAGAAAAGAAGAAUGUCGUACCUACCAAAAUAAACGCUGAAAGUGCACACGCAUUCCGAGAAAGAUGACGAGCCUACAGUACGACGUCCUGUGGGAGGAUCGCGAUGUCAGAUUCGACAUCGCGCCCGUCCAGAUGAACAUGCGCGCGGGAGAGGUUCUCAUAGACCGACUCGACUCGGUCGAGGACACCAAGGGGAACAACGGCGACCGUGGCCGGCUGCUCAUCACGAACCUGCGCAUGAUCUGGCACUCACAGGCGCUGCCGCGCGUCAACCUCUCCGUCGGCUACAACUGCAUCAUCAACAUCGCGACGAAGACUGCGACAUCGAAGCUGAGGGGCAACACGGAGGCACUCUACAUCCUCACCAAGUGCAACGACACACGCUUCGAGUUCAUCUUCACGAACCUCGUGCCCGGGACGCCGCGCCUCUUCACGUCUGUCAUCUCCGUGCACCGCGCCUACGACACGUCGAAGAUGUACCGCGACCUGCGGCUGCGCGGCGCCGUCGUCGUCGGCAACGAGCUGCGGAUGCUGCCGCGCGAACACGUCGUCGAGCGCGUGAACGGCGUAUGGAACCUGAGCAGCGACCAGGGCAACCUCGGCGCGUUCUUCGUCACCAACGUGCGCCUCGUCUGGUACGCGAGCAUGAACGAGGCGUUCAACGUCAGCGUGCCCUACCUGCAGAUGCGCUCGGUGCGCGCGCGCGACUCGAAAUUCGGCGCCGCGCUCGUCCUCGAGACGUCCCUCCAGAGCGGCGGCUACGUGCUCGGGUUUAAAAUCGACCCGGCCGAGCGGCUGCAGGCGUGCCUCAAGCAGAUCCAGAGCCUCCACCGCGUGUACGCGGCGAGUCCGAUCUUUGGUGUCGACUUCGAGACGGACGGGCGCGGCACGGCGGCGGAGAUGCGCGAGCCAAUCCUCGACGAGCCGCACGACGACGUCGAGGUCGUCGGGGGCGACGAGCGCGGCGACGCGUUCGCGGCGUACUUUGCGGACGGCGCGAAGCAGCGAGACGGCGAGCCGGUCUACUCGGAGGAGCUCGGCCUCGCCGUCGAGAAGCUGAAGGACGGCUUCACGCUGUCCGAGCUGUGGGAGGUCAUCUGAAGGUCAUCUGAUGUGUAGCUGUGGGGGGUCAUCUGAUGUGGAGCUGUGUUGGGUCACCUGAAGGUCAUAUAAUGCAUGGCCAUGGGAGGUUAUCUGAAGGUCAUAUGAUGUCAUAUGAUGUGUAGCUGUGGAAGGUCAUCUGAAGGUCAUAUUAUGUGUCAGAGAGCUGUGGCUCUACCGUAUAACGUUCAUGUUAAUGUUAGAGCUGUGGGAAGUCAUCUGCGGCUACUCUACUGUAUAACGGUUGUGUUGAAGCUAUGAGCAGUAAUAUGUGGUGAGCUGAUGGGGUCAUUUGCCCUUGGGUCGUUGGUAGUGCGGCUGUGGGAAGUCAUCUUAGUGUUGCGGUGGAGCGUUGGAGCGAUGGAUCUCAGUCUUAGUCAUGGACGGCUUGGGGGGGGGGUUCUUGGAUUAUAUUUAGACGGGGGUGCGAGACUGAAGCCUUGAAACCUUUACCCAUAUCUAAGGGUCCUUGUCCUGUGAAUAGGUACUCAUGUCUAAGGAUUUUUUGUGAACGUCUGUCUAAGGAUUUGGAACAUCAUAUUUUCCUACAGUACCAAAUAUAAUACAACCAUUUUGCACUCUUUCGAGGGAAACUUUAUAAGACGUCUAUUUUUUGUGUGAAAAUGGGACCCAUGUCUAACAUCUAAGGAUUUUUUUCGUGAAAAUAGGACCCAUGUCUAAGGACUUUCUUGAAAAAGUCACCCAUCCCAGCGGCACAUCCUGUAUAUCCUUAUACGUGAGUGCCCCCCCCCCCACGAGGGAUGGCUGGUCCACGGGUCGUAGGUAGUUGUUGUGGGACGUCAUCUCAGUGUCGUGGUGCAGAGUUGGAGUGUUGGAUCUCAGUGUUGGUUGGGGACAGUUGGCCCCCCGAGUCGUAGGUUGUGGAGCCGUGGAACGUCAUCUGUGUUGGAGCCGUGGCUCUACUGGUCGUGAAUGAUUGCACGUAGUUUAGCCGUGAUUUUCGUGACCAUUUUAGCAGCGAAUCCUGAUUAACCGGCCGCUUGCUGUGGCUUUGCAGCCGAUGAUGGUUACUGUGCGUCAUGCUGUCAUCUGUUUCAUCUUCUCUAGUCUACAUUUACGGCUUCACAUGCUUAUUCCACCAUCUAACCUUUACGCACAUAGCUUACGCUCAUAGGGUCUACGUCCCCCAGGGUACUGCCGGAACGUACCCUGGGUACGGUUCGGUAUACCGGAAC